AACGACCGUUUAACGUUGUUCAAUGCGCCUUGUUUGGAGAGCUAUAGAGUGCUAUGAGAGCAGAGUAUUGGAUAUAAUUCGGUAAAAAAAGCGAAGUUAGGUGUUACCAGAAACAAUUGAUUUAGAUUUUGUAGCUCCAGAAUAAUCUAACAAACAGAUGCGCGUUGUUCUAGGUGGAAGUCAAGUGGAUGAAACAACCGUAGUUCCCUUUUUUUGAGCACGCGGCUGGACGAUGUUCGUGAUUUGUGAGAUUUGCGAUAUCACCAUCAACACAGCUGAAGAAUAUGACCGUCACAUCAGCGGAAAAAGACACAUCAACCAACUGAACUACUACCGAGAGAAAAAGAAACAUGCUUCCUGCAGUGUGUUCGUGAAGGGAUUCCCACCAAAAACAACUGAGUGGGAGCUAAAAGUUUACUUCAACAACUUUGGACCUGUGGACAAAAUAAUUUUUGAUAAGAAGGACGAACGUUUCCCCCAGUAUGCCAUAAUAGAGUUUAAAUAUGAGCAGGCAGCUGAUAAUUGUCUGGGUUAUACUAAUCCCCACAUCCUUAACAGCACCAAACUAAACGUGAGGAAACGUGACUUCAAAGAGCUGUCAGAACAACCAUAUUUCCCAUGGCAGAAAGGAAGGGGCCAAACCCAUGCUUGGAACCAACCUGGAGGGGUCCAGCCUCCACAAAGGGCAUCCCAAAAUCAAUACGAUCCAAGCUGGGACUCACAGGCGGGGUCGGCAGGGUUCUACAAUCCCUCUGGGGGUCCUGGGUAUGAACCCCACUGGCAGAUGGAUGGUGGAUAUGGAAACAACAUGAGAAAUUUUGACCCAAGCUAUGAUCCAAAUAUAUAUCCUGAUUUUCAAGCAGGGUAUGGUCAACAAGGUCAAGGACAGCAAGGUCAAGGACAGCAAAGUCAGGGUCAAGGACAGCAAGGUCAAGGACAGCAAGGCCUACCAGGUAUUCCUGGGAAAAAGAAAAAGAAGAAGAAGAAAAAGGGAGGUGGUGAUCAAGCUCAGAGGGAUCAGCCUAAGAUAAAGAAAGAGGAUGUCAUUGAUCUGCCUGUUUCAGUGGAGGAUUUCCUAAAGGAAAUGAUGUCACAGACUCAAAAAGGGAUUCAGGCAGAAAUGGGCGUGCUGGCAGACCUAAUCCAAGUCACGUCACAGGAGCUCCAAUCUCGCUAUGUCAUCUGUAAAACUCUGGAGGAGGUCCUCUCCUUAUUCUUCCCAGGUGUGAGUAUCAACCAGUUUGGGUCGUCUGUGAAUGGUUUUGGUAUCAAAGGCUGUGACAUGGAUAUUUAUAUAGACCUUACCAAUCUGGGCAUUCCUUGUCGCUCACAGGCUAUAGACUUACCUUAUGUACGAGACAUCAGGUUCUUGAAGAAACAAAAGGGGCCUCUGGGUCAUGAUGACAUGGUCAAGAUUACGCCUAUUGAUAAAGCAAAACUGAUUUUGCGAAUCCUUGUCGAACAUGCUCCAUCUUGUUCAGAGUUGACAUUAAUACCAAGCAACCGAUGUCCAAUUGUACGUUUCACUCACUUGGAAUCUGGCAUCAAGUGUGAUCUCUCCAUUGACAACAAACUGGCCCUGCAGAACACUCGUCUUCUACAGACACUGAGUCUGUAUGAUCAGCGAGUACGCCCUCUUGUGUAUGUAGUGAGGUACUGGGCCAAGCUGAAAGGACUAGCAGGGAACCCACGAGCUUUACCAUGUCUCUCUAACUAUGCUCUCACUCUCAUGGUCAUCUACUACCUACAAAACCUUCGUCCUAAGGUGCUCCCAACCGUACAGGAAAUGGCCGAUCUUUGUGGUCAUCAACGUACAAUAAUCAACAAAUGGGAUUGUUCCUUUGUGGCCGCACAGUUCAUACCUCCCACCAUGAAUUCACAGACAACAGAGGAGCUGUUGGCAGGCUUUUUCUCCUUCUUUGCGGAGUUUGAUUUCCACACCUUAGGCAUGUAUAUGCGAACUGGACAACCGUUCCCUGUUGCUGAGGCAGUAAAUUUAGGAAUUCCUAUGAAGAUCGGGAUGUUUAACAUCCAAGAUCCGUUUGUACUGGACCACAAUAUCACUUUCAACAUCAACGAGAAGAUGCGGCAGCUGAUUGCGAUGGAGUUCCGUGUGGCGGCAGCUAAAGCGGCCAAGUGGAAUAAUCCAGAUAAUACUGGCACAAGGACCAUACUGGAUCUGUUUACAGAAGAGGUCCCCGAAGGAGUGGAGUUUACCGACCUCACUAGCAAGACAACCUCUGGAAUCCAGCUCGGUGAAUAUCAGUUUACUCUGGAACUCAAGAUGGAUAACCUUGAUCAGGGUUUGCUUCAUACACUGAGAAGGACUGGCAAUAUACAGGUGGCCUGGUGCAAAAAAAUGUGUGUUUUUGCCUAUGGCAUUCUGGAACGUGUGCUCAUGUAUGAUAUAGAAAUCAACAAAACCAAUAUAACGGAUCCCCUGCCAAAGUCACGCUACUAUAAUCACAAGGCUAAAGGCAGGAAACGUUCCAACAGCUCCAAUUCACAGGAUGCUGAAAGCAAGAAAACAAAAACGGCGGAUACAACACAGGAACCUGAAACUUCUAAGGAUGGGGAGAGUGGCGAGAAGGAAAAUAUAAAUGUUUUGCCAGGCCCUGGUGUAGAACUGGAAACAGAUUCUACACAGACAGUCGGAACUGUGACUGGAGCCGAAGGGGGGCAAGAGGCUGAGCCAAUGGAAGAAGAUAAAACCGAAAGCUACGAGGAUGCCGAUGUUUACCUUGACAUGGAUGUAAAGAUUUUCUGUAGAACAUGGGCAGAACGCAAAAAAUUCAUGUCAGCCUUCAAGGAACGUGGUUACACAGACAGUAUUGAGUUAGAACAGGCGGUAUCGGAACGCCUGUAUUACGACCACUUUAAGACGGCCAAGUUUCCUAUUGUGGAGUACAACUUUGUUAUCAAGUCCAUUGUGAAUGGAAGUAACGCUGUACUGCUUAUCACUGCAAAUGGUGACAAAGACCAAAAGGAGUUUUACUGUGUCUUUCAUUACAUCAAAAAGUUUCUCACCAAAAUGGCAGAUAAGCAUUUCUCAUAGAACUUGAUUAAUUCGCAAGUACUUCCAAGUAGAAUAUCACUCCAGGGGACUCUGUUGAUAAGACAUAUUCUGUGGGUAGAAAAAUUGCUUGGAUAUAGAUAAGUACUGCUCAGCAUAUAAUCACAUUGAACAGCUGUCAUGUUCUUGAAUAGAUCACAUUGUAUCAACUGAUUCUGAAUGCUUCAAGUGAAAUAUUACAGUGGACAAUUCUCUAAUCCUAUAGUAUGUGUCGUGUACUGAAGAUUUCUAGUGCUUCAAGUAAAAUUCCACAUUUUGUAAUUUCACAUCUAUUUGAUGAAAUAAUAUAAAAUCAUGCCAGUGUAU